AUGAAUAACUAAAAAGAUAAAAAAUCUAAUCUUCGAACAUCCUCACUCGAAAGAAUAUUAAGAGUCCUGAAAUAAAAAGAUGGAGAUCAAACCAAUUCAUAGAGUAUAGUUGAGAAGAGAGUAGAUAACGAGUACUAUUUAUAUUCUAAUAACUCAUUGCUAAAAACUAUUGAUAAUCCUAAAAAUAACAAUGGAGCUCAUAUUUAAUCAUUAACAGUCUAAAAACAAUAUAAGCAUUUAUCAUCUUUGAUGAGCAUAGACCCUACAAUACAUAAAAGAAAUGAUAAUCUAAUGGAAGCGUAGAGAAGUGAAGGAGCUAGUUCCCAGACAAGCUACUAUACUAAAGGACCUAAAUGUACUAGCAACAACACCACCUCAAAUAAUACUAACAACAAUAACUAGGGACUUCGAAUUAGGACUAUUAGCAAUACUAGUUAAACUGCUAAUUCAAACUAAACUACAUCUGCUACCUCCAAUGGAUAUAAUGCAGUACUGAAUUAGAAAAGUUAAAACUAUAUAUUAUAGAGCUAGAAGUAGAAUAAGUCUCAGAAGAUCAUGUAAAAGCAUCAAACUUAGACAAUGGCGAUGCAAGGAUGUAAAGAAAUAUUUGAAACUAUUUACGGAGCAAAGCCAUGCAUUGCUGCUAACUCUGGAAUCAAGAAAAAAUCUAAAAAGUAAGGAGGCUAAAAUACAUUAAAGAAGCCAAAUAGCAGAGCUAAUUCAACAUAAAAGCGAAAUAUUCAAGAGAUACUACUUAAUGGGCCUUACAACAAAGACCCAAGCAGCCAUUGCAAUCAAGAUACGUAUUUCAGCCAUCAUACUAGAUAGAGUUCCUAAAAUUUUAGGACAACAUAAUCUAAGGAUAGAUAAGGCAACCUACAGUCUUAAACACCAGCUGAUGAUAGAACCUAAGAUCUCUAAUACAUUUAGAAUAAUCAAAAUCUAGCAUAAGUUAAAAGCAUUAUGAUUGAAUAAUAGGAGCAAGGCUAAGGAGGUUCAGAGAUAGGCUCAAGAGAGAAUACUCUAUAUCUAAAACAUUCUAAUCAAAAUUAAAAUGUGCAAAGCAUGCUAAACGGGUAUAAAAAGGGGGCUGCAGGAACUACAAAUAAUGCCAACUCUAUCCAAUAUAUGGUUCAAAGCAAUUUGGAGAGCUUAACAGAGUCAAUAGAGCAUUAAGGACCUAUUAUAGACAUGAAAAAAAGCUCUAAAAUAUUUACUAAACCACUCAUUCAAAGCAAGAGCAAUUAGAUAUCUGUUUUAAAUGAGAAAUAAGAGAGAGAACCUUCUAAGGCUAGAAGCAAUAAAUUUGAAAGUGGAAAUAAGAAAUUCAGCCAAGAGAUAAGUAGCAUUCAUAAUGAUGACAUAAAAUAGUAGGUUUAGCGCUUCAUGAUAAAUCAAGAAAAGGAACAUCAUAAUAAUUAGAAGUUCAAUUAAAUUUAGGAAUGCCAUCCAAUUUUUACCAAGAAACCUUAAACUCAAUAAGUAGCGAAUCGUCCCAACAAGCCGCCUGCAAACCCAUCAAGUAAUUUAAAGGCUAGAAUAGAUUAUCAAAAUAAUGCUGAAUCUUCUUCUAAGGAAGACCAAAACAUGAUGGAAGAAGAUUUAUUGCCAAGAAGUCAAACACUCGGAUUAUUGAAACCUAAAAGAUCAAUAUUGACAUCAAACAUAAAAUAGAGACCUAAGUAAACUAAUCAAUUUGAGAAUUUAUUCGAACACCCUGAUUUCGAUGAGUUCAAAAGAGUACACUAGGAUCCAUUGUAGCAUUUUUAGUAAAUUUCUUAGCCAAUAAUGCACAAUGGUAAAAUUAACUUUGAAAUUUCUGUAAGAGAAAGUCUUAAUGAGUCAAGCAUUAGAUUGGACAAGGAUUAAAAUACUUUGAGUGAAUAAAAUGAUAAUAAAUCUAGACAGAAUCCUAGAACAGGAGGAGGAGCUCCAAAAUCUCCUUCAGAACUUAUAAGUGAUCUUGAUUCUUUUCCCUUUUUCGAAAAUUGUAUUCCAGGAGCUAAUCUUUUCAGAAAGAGAGGCAUAAAUCAAAUUAAUAUUGAAGACCUAUAAUUGAAGGCAAUGCUAUAAUUAAUGGAAAGUAAAUUUAACUGA